CUAAAAUUCAUAAGCCACUCAAUAUGCUUCCCCAUUCUUUUCCUUAUAAAUUCCCAUAAUACCCUUAUUAACCCCCUCUAUACAUCUACCCAUAAUUUCUACAUCAAUAAUAUUUCCCUUAUAAUUUUCUAUAAUGCAAACCCCCCUAAUAUCAAUAGGCAUAAAUAGCAACAUAAGAAAAUAAUUUUAUUAUCAUCUCUGAUGAUGAAGAAUGUGUGCCUGUUACAAAAAUUGAAAAACCUGUACCUACUCAAACUAUUAAUAUUCCUCAGUCCUAAUAAAAAUUAGCUAAAUUUCUAGACCUUGAUACACUAGAAGCUUAAGGAAAGCUAUAUGACUAUGAAAGUUCUCCACCUCCUCCAUUACCAAAAAGAAUUAUCAAAAAACCACAAAAACCUCUUUAUAAACCAUAGAAGAAGAAAUAAAUCAAAAAUCGUAGAGAACCAAUUCGACAUUCUUAUCAAAAGAUUAAACACGUGUAAAUUGGAGCUGAAAGAUAAUUACUUCAUUAUCCUUAAUCAAAUGUUAAGGCAAAAUUCAUCAGAUUUUAUGAGAAGUAAGAUGAUAAAUGUAAGUAUCAUUUUAUUUUUCAUAGUUUCUCAAUUAUUUGAAAAAUUAAAAAUUAAUUUUUAAGACGCUAAUGAUGAAGAUGUUGCCAUUCUUCUUAAUAUUGCUGGUAAAGAUUAUUAAAAAGCUGAAACAUUCAUAAAUGAAAAUGGAAUGUUUAUUCAAUCAUACCUCUAAAGUAUUUAAUUUUAUUUAUCUAGAUUAUAAGGAUUUAUCAGAAGACGACUCUACUAUCAAAAAAUGAAAACACA